CCAGGUCGGGUGAGCAAAGAAAAUAGUGUUUUUUUCUCUCUUCUUCUUCCAGAAAGUCUCCGUUUUUGUUUGUUUGUUUCUGCUAGUGUAAACAUCUGGUGAUCUGAAAACAAGUUACACAAGCCACCAGACUGUGUGGAGUUAAAAAAAAAAAUCAUUUCACUCGUGUAUUUGCUCUUGCAAUGAUCCAAAGUUUACACAGCGGAGCCUCGAGUGUUGGAACAGACACUUUUCAUCUGAAGCUUUUGGUCAUUAAUCAAUACACACACACACACAAACACACACAUAUUAAACUUGCAGAAUCGUUUCUAAGUUAAAAUAACGCUUUUGUCUAUAUUGUAACAAUACAGUGAAAUUCAUGGUUGGCUUCAUUGUCAGGCGUGAAAUCAGCCAAUCAAAAAAAUCCGUCAGACAGGAGCUUUUGUACUUUGGCCAUUGACAUAAAACCUUGUGUGAACGAAGACCAAAAACCUAAACCUACUUAUGCUCAUCGGUUCGUCCUGUAGUGUUUGUCCACAUUAGGGUCACAGGUGACCUGGAGCUUAUCCUAGCUGAGUUUGAACCCCAGACUGGUCGCCAGUCAAUAACAGGGCUUGUAUAGACACAAAGCCAUUCACGGCUACCAUAUGUACAAGUUAGACUACAUUUGAGAGUCUCUCAAUCACCGGAAGAAGGACAUGUUGCAUGAUCGGUACUGAUCGACUUCCACACAACAACGCUUCCCUGAUCAGCACUGAGCGAGAACAACAGCAACUAUGUCUUUAACAAAUGGAGAUAAUGUCACGAAGGACAUGUGGGACUCUCACAACAAGAUGAUGUUGGAACCUCUGGCUGUCAGUGAUGCUGAGGUGUUCUCUAUAAUUAAAAAGGAAAAGCACAGGCAGACGUACGGGCUUGAGCUGAUUGCUUCCGAGAACUUCACCAGCAGAGCAGUUUUAGAGGCUCUGGGAUCUUGUAUGAACAACAAGUACUCUGAAGGAUAUCCUGGUCAGAGGUACUAUGGUGGAACCGAGCACGUGGACGAGCUGGAGAGACUCUGCCAGAAGAGGGCGCUAGAGGCCUAUGGGCUGGAUUUUGACAAAUGGGGUGUGAACGUGCAGCCAUAUUCAGGUUCUCCUGCCAACUUUGCUGUCUACACUGCCAUUGUGGAACCGCAUGGUAGGAUCAUGGGCCUGGACCUCCCCGAUGGAGGUCACCUGACGCAUGGCUUCAUGACUGAAAAGAAAAAAAUUUCUGCAACGUCCAUCUUCUUUGAGUCCAUGCCGUACAAGGUUAAUCCUGAAACUGGUUACAUCGACUAUGACCGACUCCAAGAAAAUGCUCGCCUUUUCCACCCCAAACUCAUCAUUGCAGGGACAAGCUGCUAUUCUCGUAACAUCGAUUACGCCCGCAUGAAGCUGAUCGCUAAUGAGAACGGGGCGUAUCUGAUGGGGGACAUGGCGCACAUAAGUGGACUGGUCGCUGCUGGGGUCGUUCCUUCACCCUUCGACUACUGUGACGUUGUUUCCACGACGACACACAAGACGCUGCGCGGCUGCCGAGCCGGACUGAUAUUCUUCAGGAAAGGUGUGCGCAGCAUGGACGCCAAGGGGAAGGAGACUCUGUACAAUCUGGAGUCACUAAUCAAUCAGGCCGUCUUUCCGGGGCUGCAGGGCGGGCCCCACAACCAUGCCAUCGCAGGUGUUGCUGUAGCUCUCAAACAAGCCAUGACGCCAGAGUUUAAAGCUUACCAGAGGCAGGUUCUUGCCAACUGCAAAGCUCUGUCCGCUGCCCUCAUCGAGCAUGGCUACAAGAUUGUCACUGGUGGUUCUGACAAUCAUCUUAUCCUGCUGGACCUGCGCAGCAAAGGAACCGACGGAGGACGAGCUGAGAAAGUUCUGGAAGCUUGUGCUAUUGCCUGUAAUAAGAACACCUGUCCAGGGGACAAAAGUGCUUUGCGUCCCAGUGGACUGAGAUUUGGCUCCCCAGCUUUAACCUCCAGAGGUUUGGUGGAAGAUGACUUCAGGAAGGUCGCAGACUUCCUUCACAGAGGCAUUGAGCUGACCUUGGACAUGCAGAGAAGUCUGGAUCCCAAGGCCACGCUGAAGGAGUUCAUCCAGGCGUUGAACAAGGAAGAAACUUUCCAGCAGCGUGUGGCCGAGAUCAGAAGCGAGGUCGAAGCUUUUGCCGGGCAUUUUGCCAUGCCUGGCCUCCCUGAGUUGUAGAUGCUUGUUGUUGUCGGGCUGAUUAUUAUGGAAAGAAUUAAGUACGGUUUUGAAGUGUGUGAAUUUGUAUGUGUAUAUUUGAUACGGUUAUACACACCUUAUGCAACCAGAUCAAGAUGUUUUGGAUCAAGGAGACAUUUUUUUUUUUUUUUUCUAAAUUAUCCAUCCACUGCUGCUUUGGAUGUUUCAUUAAAACCUGUAAAUCAAAUUGAUCAGUUUCAAAAAGAUUUUCAUACCUUAUGUGUUGUCCAGAUUGGUGUACCAAGUAUGAUUAUCCUUUUCUGAGAUUAAUCAUCCGUCCAUCCAUUUUCCAAGCAUCUUAUCUCACUGGGGUCGCAGGAGUGCUGGGGUCUAUCCCAGCUAACUUCGCAUCAUGUACAAUAGUCAACACCAGGGAUCCAUGCUUUGUUUUUGUUUUUUUUUUAAUGCAACUUCUUUGUCAAUGAAAUGUGCGCGUGAGCUGUAUGCACCUGGUGCGAUCGAUCUGUACAAGUAACUGCCCAAACUGAGCCGUAGGAGUUUCUGUAAGGAGCUUCAUUAUUUUUUUCCCUGCAUUAAAAGACUUUCACUGCAUUGAA